AUGGGUCCAACACUCAAAGAAGUUCAAGCACUGAUGGAAUCCCGGUGUGGCAAAGCAAUCAUGCCUCAACCCCGUUUUGGCAAUGCCCAAGAUUUGGGACGAAAGUGCAGAUUAUCAGUGCAGAAGGCUCGGUCUUUGGCAUAUGAUGGGGAACUAGACAUCCCAGGUUUAGUUCAUCAUUUUCCGCUAUUGGAGAUAGGAGUGACCUUUUUUAGCGCAGUUAUUGAAAACAUGCUCUCUGUUUAUGCCUACUUGAACAAUUCCCAAUUGCCCCUAGUUAUGGCGGAGCCAGUAUCCGAAGCUAAAGCUGCCAAUGCUGCGAAAUCGUUUUUGACUUUUGUAGAUUUUACUCCUCAACCUGGUUCUUUAAAGGCUUAUGUUAGACGUCUGUGUGAAAAUGGGUCAAUUGAGGAAGCACUGAAGGUGUUUGAUGAAUUGCAAAAGCUAGGUAUUUGCCCGUUGUUAGAAACAUGGAAUUCGGCUUUGUUGGGUUCGGUUAGAGCUAGGCGAACCGAUGUUGUUUGGAAGUUGUAUGAAGAAAUGAUGGGUAGUGGUGAUGCAGGAAAUGUAGAUACAGUUGAGUAUUUGAUUCAAGCUUUUUGUAUUGAUAACAAUGUUUCGAAAGGUUUUGGGCUUCUUAGGCAAGUUUUGGAAGAUGGGUUUGUUCCUAGUAAUGUUGCUUUUAAUAAAUUGAUAUCUGGAUUUUGCAAGGAUAGAUACUAUUCGAGAGUGUCUGCACUCCUUCAUGCUAUGAUUGCAAAGAACCGACGCCCUGAUAUCUUUACAUAUCAGGAAAUUAUCAGAGAGCUAUGCAAGAGAAGAAUGCGGCAUGAAGGAUUUCGGAUUUUCAAUGAUUUAAAGGAUAGAGGGUAUGCUCUGGACAGGGUCAUGUAUACAACGAUGAUACAUGGUCUUUGCAAAAUGAAAUGGAUUGGGGAGGCUCGGAAGCUUUGGUUUGAGAUGGUUCACAAAGGAAUAGUUCCAAAUGAAUACACGUACAAUGCAUUCAUUUAUGGGUUAUGUAGGAUUGGUAAUCUCGAAGAGGCGAAGGAGCUAUACAAUGAAAUGUGUUGUAAAGGUUAUAAAGAGACCACAGUGAGUUGCAACACUAUGAUCAGAGGGCUGUGUUUGCAUGGAAGAACAGAGGAAGCUCAUGUGUUGUUUCAAGAAAUGGCUGAGAAGGGAAUUGCUCGUGAUAUUAUCACGUACAAUUCUUUGAUUCAGGGUUUCUGCAAGGAAGGAAAAAUAGAUGAAAGUAUAAAUCUUUUGGCUGAACUUUUAGAGAAGGGUUUGCAGCCUUCAGCUGCCACGUAUACUGCCUCCUUAGAAAAACUUUGUGAGAUGGGUGAUGUGGAUGAAGCAAAAGAGUUGUGGGAGGAUAUGCAGAAAAGGGGUGUGGAACCAGCAAAUUCCAACCAUGUUGAGACAUGUCUAGGUGGUAUUCUGCAGAAAGAUACUGCAGCAUCUGAGAAAGCACUGAAGGUGUUUGAUGAAUUGCAAAAGCUAGGUAUUAGCCCGUUGUUAGAAACAUGGAAUUCGGCUUUGUUGGGUUCGGUUAGAGCUAGGCGAACCGAUGUUGUUUGGAAGUUGUAUGAAGAAAUGAUGGGUAGUGGUGUUGCCGGAGAUGUAGAUACAGUUGUGUAUUUGAUUCAAGCUUUUUGUAUUGAUAACAAUGUUUCGAAAGGUUUUGGGCUACUUAGGCAAGUUUUGGAAGAUGGGUUUGUUCCUAGUAAUGUUGUUUUUAAUAAAUUGAUAAUUGGAUUUUGCAAGGAUAGAUACUAUUCGAGAGUGUCUGCUCUCCUUCAUACUAUGAUUGCAAAGAACCGACGCCCUGAUAUCUUUACGUAUCAGGAAAUUAUCAGAGAGCUAUGCAAGAGAAGAAUGCGGCAUGAAGGAUUUCAAAGUUUUAAUGAUUUAAAGGAUAGAGGGUAUGCUCCAGAUAGGGUCAUGUACACAACGAUGAUACAUGGUCUUUGCAAGAUGAAAUGGAUUGGGGAGGCUCGAAAGCUUUGGUUUGAGAUGGUUUACAAAGGAAUAGUUCCAAAUGAAUACACGUUCAAUGCAUUCAUUUAUGGGUUAUGUAGGAUUGGUAAUCUCAAAGAGGCGAAGGAGCUAUACAAUGAAAUGUGUUGUAAAGGUUAUAAAGAGACCACAGUGAGUUGCAACACUAUGAUCAGAGGGCUAUGUUUGCAUGGAAGAACAGAGAAAGCUCAUGUGUUGUUUGAAGAAAUGGCUAAGAAGGGAAUUGCUCGUGAUAUUAUCACGGACAAUUCUUUGAUUCAGGGUUUCUGCAAGGAAGGGAAAAUAGAUGAAAGUAUAAAUCUUUUGGCUAAACUUUUGGAGAAGGUUUUGCAGCCUUUAGUUGCCACGUAUACUGCCCCCAUAGAAAAACUUUGUGAGAUGGGUGAUGUGGAUGAAGCAAAAGAGUUGUGGGAGGAUAUGCAGAAAAGGGGUGUGGAACCAGCAGUAUGUACUCAUAAUUUCACCAUAACUGGAUUGAGCAAUAAAGGGUAUGUAGCCGAGGGGAUGGAAUGGUUGGCUGCAAUGUUGAGACGUAACCUCAAACUGCAAAAGCAAACUUUUGAGAGACUAAUUCAAUGUCUAUCACAAGGAGAUAAGCUGGAUGAGGCUAUACUUGUGUUGGAUUAUAUGUUUAGCAUAGGUUACAUGCUCCGUGAAUGUAUUUUCCGUUCUCUGGUUGAUAAACUAUGUGAACAGAAUUCCGACCAUGUUGAGACAUGUCUAGGUGGUAUUCUGCAGAAAGAUACUGCAGCAUCUGAGGUCUUCUAG